AUGUGGGUGCUGGCACUGCUUGGGGUUUUCCUGGCCGUUGCCAAGGCUUGUAUCUUCUGUCGCCUCCCAGCCCAUGCCUUGCCAAGCCGUCUGGCUCAGCUCGGUAGCCAGAUGGAGACGCCUUGGAAGGAAUGGGCUUCCCCGGAUUUCUCAGCCUUUGCCUUAGAUGAGGUGACCAUGAACAAAAUCACAGAGAAGACUCACAGAGUCCUGAGGGUCAUGGAGAUAAAAGGAUCCAUCUCCUUGCUUCCUACAUAUUGGCGAUGGCUUCAGAAGACCAAGAUCCCCCAGUACACCAGGGAAGCUCUCUGUGCUCCUGUCUGCUGUGAGCCCUGGCUUCGCCCGCCAACGCUGCUCCUAUUGUCUCCUGCAGGGGGCAGCACCAUCCUGUACAACUGCUCCACCUGCGAGGGCAAGGAGGUGUCUUGUUGGCCCCGAAAGCGCUGCUUCCCAGGAAGUCACGAUCUGUGGGACGCUAAGAUUCUGCUCUUAUCGAUCUUCCAAAUUGUCCUGCUUUUGGGUGUUGUGAGCCUCCACGUGGAGUACCACCACCUGCAAGCGAAAGGCUUGUGA